GACGUGGCUCGAGGCCGCCAUCUUGGCAAGAGGCGAAGCGGCAGCGGCUCCUGACAGGGGGGCGGCAGGUCCGGAGCGGCCGGUGCUCCCCUUCCCCCAACCCCAGCCCCAGUGGAGCCGGAAGCGCGAGUGAGCCCCAUCACCGUCCUCACCAUGGUGCUGUUGGCAGCAGCGGUCUGCACGAAAGCAGGAAAGGCUAUUGUUUCUCGACAGUUUGUGGAGAUGACCCGAACUCGUAUUGAGGGCUUGUUAGCAGCGUUUCCAAAGCUCAUGAACACUGGAAAACAGCAUACAUUUGUUGAAACAGAGAGUGUAAGAUAUGUCUACCAGCCUAUGGAGAAACUGUAUAUGGUGCUGAUCACUACCAAAAACAGUAACAUUUUAGAAGAUCUGGAGACCCUAAGGCUUUUCUCAAGAGUGAUACCUGAGUAUUGCCGAGCCUUAGAGGAGAAUGAAAUAUCUGAGCACUGUUUUGAUUUAAUUUUUGCUUUUGAUGAAAUCGUUGCCCUGGGAUACCGGGAGAAUGUUAACCUGGCACAGAUUAGAACCUUCACGGAAAUGGAUUCUCACGAGGAGAAGGUGUUCAGAGCAGUUAGAGAGACUCAAGAACGUGAAGCCAAGGCUGAGAUGCGGCGUAAAGCAAAGGAAUUACAACAGGCCCGAAGAGAUGCAGAGAGGCAGGGCAAGAAAGCACCAGGAUUUGGAGGAUUUGGGAGCUCUGCGGUAUCUGGAGGCAGCACAGCUGCCAUGAUCACAGAGACCAUCAUUGAAACCGAUAAACCAAAAGUGGCACCUGCACCAGCCAGGCCUUCAGGCCCCAGCAAGGCUUUGAAACUUGGAGCCAAAGGGAAGGAAGUAGAUAAUUUUGUAGACAAAUUGAAAUCUGAAGGUGAAACUAUCAUGUCCUCCAAUAUGGGCAAGCGUACUUCUGAUGCAACCAAAGUGCAUGCUCCACCCAUUAAUAUGGAAAGUGUGCACAUGAAGAUUGAGGAAAAGAUCACACUCACCUGUGGCCGAGAUGGAGGAUUGCAGAAUAUGGAAUUGCAUGGCAUGAUCAUGCUUAGGAUCUCAGACGAUAAGUUUGGCCGAAUUCGUCUUCAUGUAGAGAAUGAAGAUAAGAAGGGGGUGCAGCUACAGACCCAUCCAAAUGUGGAUAAAAAACUCUUCACUGCAGAAUCUCUAAUUGGCUUGAAGAAUCCAGAGAAGUCGUUCCCAGUCAACAGUGACGUAGGGGUACUAAAGUGGAGGCUACAAACCACAGAAGAAUCUUUUAUUCCACUGACAAUUAAUUGCUGGCCCUCAGAGAGUGGAAAUGGCUGUGAUGUCAACAUAGAAUAUGAGCUGCAAGAAGAUCAUUUAGAACUGAAUGAUGUGAUUAUCACCAUCCCACUCCCAUCCGGUGUCGGCGCACCGGUGAUUGGCGAGAUUGAUGGCGAGUAUCGACAUGACAGUCGACGAAAUACCUUGGAGUGGUGCCUGCCAGUGAUUGAUGCCAAAAAUAAGAGUGGCAGCCUCGAAUUCAGCAUUGCUGGGCAGCCCAAUGAUUUCUUCCCUGUUCAAGUCUCUUUCAUCUCCAAAAGAAACUACUGUAACAUACAGGUUACCAAAGUGACCCAGGUAGAUGGAAACAGCCCUGUAAGGUUUUCCACAGAGACCACUUUCCUAGUGGAUAAGUAUGAAAUCCUGUAAUACCAAGGAGAGGGAACCAGAAAGGAAAAAUUUCAAAUUAAUAAAGAAGAAGCCAACAGUGGCUGAAGAGUUUUUUCCAAAUCUACAAGCCAUUGGAGACCCUUUUUUCCUGGUACAAUGCACGAUUCUCUGCGCGCAAGGACCCUCAACUCACCCUCAGUGUUUAAGUGUCACAGAGACGUUCUUUGGCAAAGAAAGACACAAACGUAAAGGGAAAGGCUGCUGAUUUCUUUGGCAGAUUUCACUGGCCAGCAGGAAAGCACGCUCUCCAGAGAAUACCCCCAGUUAAACAGCUUCUCUGCCUUCUCCUCAGUGGUUGCUCCUUUGUUUUAAUCCCUGAAUAUAGUUACAUUUCGUACUUUGUUUAAAAAGUUUUCUUUCACAUUUAUUUUUAUUUUUUUCCCUCUUUUUCUCUUCACAUUUUGAUCUUUCAGACUCUUUAACCCUCAUUUUUUUUCUUUCUGUACAUUCAAUCAAGUGCUGGGAUCAUCUGUAUAUAGGCAUUAUAUUCGGCACUCUUGGAAACAGUUGAGCUAACCAAUUCUCGAUCUUCAGGCUAUUCAGACGAACUGCUUAAGGGGUAUGAGGUCUAGAAGUUAAAAGAUAAGGACGUCCUUUGUCAUUUUCCUAUAUCCACCCAUCCCUCCAUUCCUCUGCCAAGUUGUUUUCCUUCCAGUCCUGUCCCUCCAGUUUAGAACAGUACUGUGAAGCCUACCUGUGUCACUAUUAAAGAUAGCUGAGAAGCACCUUUCAAAUGGCAUAGCCCCGCUUCAAGAUGCCCGAGAGGAGAAUGGUUAUGUCCAGUUAGGGAUUUCACAUCCACAGGUAAUCAUGUCUGCUGCUGGUGCUACCCAGGCUUCUAGUUCUUUACAUUUUGAGGACUUCAGCUAAAACGUGAGAGCUCAUGGUCUUUGUGAUCUACUCACAUUGCCUCGAUUUCACCACCUCCUUCCUCUUGGCUGUUCUGUGCGUUACCCGGUCCUUUCCAACUUUCCCUGUCUGUGAAAUCCUUCCUUUUCCUCCCUUGAGCCUUUUCUCUUGCGUGUCCUCAUGCCCCAUCUCACCCAUUACUCUUGCAGUGAAGAAGACUCCCAUCAGCCAGCCCCACUUUGGCUUUUUAACCCAGUAUUGCACUUAAUAUGCUGGCUGAGCUGCUGGGCUGUAGCCCCAGGAAGGGGGCGAGGUGGGUGACUAGGUGACCUGCUGCGCUUCCAGCUGGCUGGAGAGUACUACUCCCGCUGGGGACAACAUCUGGCCUCCUCUGCAAAGAGCGUACUGUCCUCGAAGCAGAGCAGCCACACACAGAUGGCCGUGGAUGGAAUUGAUUGCCAAAGAAAUUUCUGGCCUUUCCCUUUCCCUUAACUGCAUCAGGGAAGAAUCCUUAUCUCUGGCUUGGUUUCCACAUGAGGUUUUUCUGAGGAAGGGGACUGGGACAAGAAAUCUGUCAUGUAGUUAAAUAGGCAAGAAAUCUUAUUAAUCCAGUUUUGUUUGAAAAAGUUGCUUGUCCAUACGAUUUUUUUAAAGCUGUUUAGUUUCACAACUUUUUUUUUUUUUUUUUUUCUGAAAUCACUUUUGGGGUAAUAUUUAAAAUGAAAGACGUUUUGUAACCCUGUAAAAUACAUAGGGAAUAUAACAUUCCAGUGUACACAAAGAAGGAAGAUUCUUUAAUCAAAUAAAGAGUAUUAUAAAAUGAA